ACCGGUUUUUCCUUUCACCUUCUUAACGUUUGCUGUUUACUUCGUUGAUCCUGAUAACGAUGAACUUCAGCACAAAUGCCCAUAGCGGCAGUCACACCAGCAAAGAAAACAUUCCACAUCCCGUGCAGGUCCAGCGAGGCAAGCAGCGCAUCGUCCUCGGUGUGUUGUCAGAAAAUGAUUAUCAUGGUCGAUCCUACAGCCAGGGAGGUACAUUUUCCAAACAAAGUUCAAUCUCAGACAGCUCCCAUCUCGCCUUCCUUAACCGUCCCUCCAGUUCCAGCUUUGAUAUUUAUGUUGAGGAGGCUUGUGAAGUUGUUCUUGCUCCUUCUGGUCAAGAAGUUGUCUCAGAGAGCUAUAACGUAGUGGCCGAAACUACUGCUGAUUUAAGAUUCUUGAUGGAACCGAGUAUAAGUUCAGACGAUGAUGCUUCUAUGCAGUCUGAACAAGAUGAAUCCCUGAUGUCAAAGGAAGUGCUGUGUGUUUCUGAAUAUGCGGAGGACAUUCAUCUGCACUUGAGGGAGCGUGAAAUAAAGUCCAGGCCAAAGCCAGGCUACUUAGAGAAACAUCCAGAGAUCACCAAUGGCAUGCGAGUGAUCCUGGUGGACUGGCUGGUGGAAGUCGUCCAGGAAUACAGGCUUCGCUCUGAAACUCUGCACCUUGCCGUCAACUAUUUAGACCGCUUUCUGUCGUACACUGCAUUGGUGAAACGUGGCAAGUUGCAGCUGGUCGGCACAGCUGCGUUAAUGAUUGCUGCAAAAUACGAGGAGAUCUGCCCCCCAGAGCUGAAUGAGUUUGUGUACACCACAGACGGCACCUACACUAAGAAACAGCUGGUCCGGAUGGAGCAUGUUUUCCUAAAAGUGUUGUCCUUUCGGAUGGCAGUGCCCACAACAAACCAGUUUCUUCGCCUUUUCAUGUCCGUCCACCCUGUCUGCACCAUCACAGAGAACCUGGCCCAGUAUGUAGCAGAGUUAAGCCUGCUGGAAAUGGAUCCAUUCUUACAGUACACCCCAUCUCUAGUAGCAGCUGGAGCAUACUGCCUAGCUGCUUACAUUGUAAACAAAUCUCUCUGGCCCGAUUCCUUAAAUGCCUUUACUGGUUAUACCACUGCGGAAAUUGUGCCUUGCAUGACUGCCCUCCACAAGCUGUACAUCAGUGCAGAGAGUCGUCCUCAACAGGCCAUCAGGGAAAAGUAUAAGACUUCAAAGUAUUUUCGUGUUUCAUUGAUCACUGCACCUGCUGCUCUGCCUUCCCAUGAAUAAUUGCCCCACCCUUCUUGAACGCUUCUGCCAGAAAAUAAUAGACUGAGAACCAAACAAACCCAGCUGAUUCCACUGCCAAACCCAUACAUGGCAAACUCCUCUAUAUAUUUUAUACAAAUUCAAUAAAACAUUUUUUAUUAAAACCUACCUCAUGGUUUUUAAUACUGG